CUCAGUGAAGGAUCAAAGAAGAAAGUUGCUAUAGGCCACCCCUUAAGUUCAGGUGUUUUGAGGAGAAUCUGCCCUGAUUUGAAGUGCUGGACCACAGACCAGUCAGCUAUAAAUGCAGAGCAGCAUGGAAAGUAAAGUAGGCUAUCAUAAACAUUUAGAGGCAUACGUGGCAGAGCAUAGUCAAGGAUUUUACUGUAUGUGAACUACAGGUAGCCCAUGGCAGAGGAAAAUGGCCUUCUUGAUGUCGGACCUCUGGAGGAGUCAGCAGCAGCGACAGGAUUCCCGCCUGCUCCCCCUCCCAUCUACACCUGCACUUUGACCCCCGAGCUGGUGGCCAAGGCGCGGGAGGAGCUGCAGGAGAAGCCCGAGUGGCGGCUCCGCGACGUCCAGGCGCUGCGGGACAUGGUCCUGAAGGACCAGCCCAACCUGAGGACCAGGCUGGAUGACGCCUUCCUCCUGAGGUUCCUCCGCGCGCGGAAGUUCGACUAUGACCGGGCACUCCAGCUGCUCCUGAACUACCACGCCAGCCGGCGUGCCUGGCCCGAGGUCUUCCACGACCUGCGACCAUCGACGGUCAAGCACGUGCUGGACCUAGGCUUCUUGACCGUCCUGCCUCACCCAGACCCCCACGGUCGCUACAUCCUGUGCCUACGACCUGGAAAGUGGAAGCCGAAUGAUUACCCGUUUGUAGACAAUAUCCGGGCCAUAUAUCUGACUUUGGAGAAGCUGAUUCAGCCAGAGGAGACCCAGGUAAAUGGAAUUGUCAUCCUGGCGGACUACUCUGGGGUGGGCUUGUCCCAGGCCUCCAGUCUGGGCCCUUUCCUAGCCAAGAAAGUCGUGGGGAUCCUUCAGGAUGGGUUUCCCAUUAGGAUCAAGGCUGUCAACAUUAUAAAUGAACCUCGGAUUUUCAAAGGGAUAUUUGCCAUCAUUAAGCCUUUCCUGAAGGAAAAGAUGGCAGAGAGGUUCAUUCUUCACGGAUCAGACCUGAGCUCUCUGCACCGCAACAUCCCGCGCUCCGUGCUGCCGGAGGAGUACGGAGGAGUGGCCGGCCGGCUGGACACGUCCACCUGGUCCAGGACGCUGCUGGACUCUGAGGUGGAGUUUGUGGUGGAGUUCUGCCAGCCCGACCCUCUAGAGGGCGUCGUUCUCCCUGACUCCAUGCUGUUUGAAGGGGAGCAGCCUGGCCCGCAGAGCGAGGACUCCUACAGAGGGCUGCGCUCACAGCUCUACUACUGUUACUGACCCUGGCUGUCAGCUGCUACUCUACUUGCAUACCGUUUCGUUCAAAACAUCUGCUUUUCUCUUCUUUUAAUUUAAGCUGUUGGGUGAGGUUGUCAAAAAAGGGAUCUAGGGCUCAAUUUGUUGGCCUUCCUCAAGAAAGUGUUGUGAGGUAACUUGCUGAAUUGUGUCAACAGGGGUCUCACCACCAGAAAACACUUGGGGCAGCUAAGCAUAGUGUAAUUGCGCAGCUUUGGGGUGUGGUAAUAAGCAGCUACGAGGUGAUUCCAGCAGUGUUCACAGAGGGGAAUUCUUAUUUUACACCAUUGUGCUUUCGGGAUGAUUUUUAUUCUAGAUUUUGAUGCCAUAUUAACACUAUACAGUGAUUUUAAUGCCAAUUAAACGCUAUGUUGAGGAGCAUGGAGAGGAGCAUGGUGCAUUCCAGAAUGUGGGGAGGUCAGUUUUACAUCAGUGUUGUUGCCACAUCAGCUUACAUCUUCAGAUUGUGCUCUUUUUCAUUGCUAUGUUUUUUUUUUCCUUCUACAGUUUAUGUUUGCCUCAAGGAGUUGUUUGCCUUAAAUAAUCUGCCUUGCUCCCGACUCUACAGUACAGUAUGUAUGAGGUCAUUUCAUAGGAUUCGGUAUCUAGGCCAUUUCAAAUGACUCUGCACGGAAGAUUAAUUGCCUGUUACCAAUUCUCUUGAAAAAUAAUAGCUGCUUUGUACCAUAACUCUAUGAACAUUCUCUUAGAAAAAUGCUACUCCAAAGCAAUAUUAGUGUACAGUUUUGUCCUCAGGACAUGUUUGAAUAUUUUACUCUAAUUUUUUUGUGUUAAAAUGCAGGGUAUUGUGUAAAGAUAUUGCUACGGUUUGCUUGUGUGUUAGUUUAUAUUGAUUACCCAUAAUGUAGUGGAUAGUGAAACUGGGUAUUGGUUACAGUGGUUUCAUGCAGAGACGAUCACAUUUCACAUCAUUUUUCUUAACUGCUAAAGAAAAUCAGAACGCCACAGCCAGCAUCAUAUUAAAUGCUAAUCAUUGUAUUGUAAGGACUGUAUUGUAAUGGGAACCAUGGUUUUAAAAUGUACUUCGAACUGUGUAGAACUGCUAGGAUAUUUAUACCAACUGUAAAGGCCUUGUUUAAGUAACUAGCCUUUAGACCAGCAUGAGUCCACAUAAAAAGACAUGAUUUUCAUAUAUACUGGCAUCUGCCUUAUACCUUUUACCCCUUUGCUCUACUCUAGCAAUAGACCAGCUGCCAGUAUACGUAUAUGCACAUUUUUUUCUCAUGUAGAAUAACGUAUAUAGAAGUAAACCUACAUAGUGAUAGGAAGAUUUUAAGGGAGACAUUUAAAAUCUGAAAAAGAUCAUAAGCAUUUUCCAGGCAAUCUUACUUAAUGUCUUUAAUAGUAGCACAGAUUGGUCAUUAUGAUAUGUCAUUAUACUGCACUUUGUUUCCUCAUGUCACUGUUUGCCAAAUAUGACUCAGAGCCAUGUAGAGAUUAGACUGUUUUACCAUGUUGUAUAUAUUGUGUAUACAGCUAAAAUUGUAUUAAUUUCACUCAUUGUAUGAUAGUAGAUUUCAUAGUUACUAUUUUUUUUAUUAUUAUUUUUACUUUGAAGAAUCUUCAUUUUAUUUCUGUAAUUGAGCCAACUGUGUGUCUUGUAAAGAUUUUAAUCAUGGCUCUAGUGUGACUGGAAAGACAAGAGCAUAUUGAUAGAUAAAUAGAUCAGCAGAUAA